UCUUCUUCUUCUUCAUCUUCUUCGUUUUCGUCCAUAGCCGCCAUUUCCUCUGCUCCUCAGCUCACUCCCUCUGGGCAUCAUCUUGCUAAGGUAUCUUAUUAUUUAUCGUUUCUCUCGAUGGCGGAUCUCAGCCACCUGGAGAAGAUGGGAAGGGAGCUCAAAUGCCCAAUUUGUUUGAGUCUUUUGAACUCUGCCGCUUCACUGGGAUGCAACCACGUAUUCUGCUAUGCAUGUAUAGAGAAAUCUAUGAAAUCGGAUUCAAACUGCCCAGUUUGUAAGGUGCCUUAUCGGCGAAGAGAAGUUCGCCCUGCUCCGCACAUGGAUAAUUUGGUGAGCAUUUACAAAAACAUGGAAGUCGCUUCGGGAGUUAAUAUAUUUGUUACUCAGAAUUUGUCUUCUACUAAAUUAUCUGAAGAUGGGGACAAACUAGACGAAGGUGGUUGCAACGGUUCAAAACGGCUUAAUGAGGAGAAAGGUGAGAUCACAGCUUAUAAACGAAGAACUUUGAAAAAAGGUUCACAAAAAUUACAAAAAUCCAAGCGGAAGAUUUCUGAUUCUUCCCCUGUGAAACCUUCAUUUCCAAGAAAGAAGAGGGUUCAGGUGCCGCAAUGUCCCCUUUCAGAAACACCAACCCGACCUACAAAGUUAGUAAGUAGUCUUAAUGUGGUGAAUGAUGAAGAACCAAGAAAAAAUGCAAUUGAUUUGGAGGAUAAAGGUCAGCCAGUUCUUUCACCUUUCUUUUGGUUGAGAGAAGGAGAUGACGAAGAUGAAAAGUCAAAUCAGCAUUCUGAUGUGGAUCAACCUACUGACUCAAUGACAACGAAUGGUCUUUCCUUCAGUGAUAUCAAGGAUUCACUGGAUGAAAGCCCUUCAAAGCCCACAGUGGAGGAAGUGUGUGGCAAGACAUCCUAUGACUUGGAUCUCUUCGAUAGUGAAAUGUUUGAAUGGACCCAGAGAGCCUGUUCUCCCGAGCUUUGUUCAAGUCCCUUUAAACUGCAGGAUGAAGAUAUUGCUGGAACUGAAAUAAAAUUGUUAGCUGCAGCACCUAAUGAAGAAACUAGCAAUCAAAAUCCAAAUGGAAGUUGUAAUCAAAGUGGUGGUAUCCUGGACGUGGUGGUAUCUGAUGUGCCGCCUCUGGAAAACAACGGUACUAAAAGUCAGCAUGGGAGUACGAAACUUACCAAAAGAGGUAGGAAGAAGAACGAAACUGCACUGAAGAAGUGUGCUAAAAAAUCUGUAGAAUCAGCUGUUGGGAAUCAUUCCCAUUUAGCUAAGGAGACCAAAUGUUUGAGUCAAAAGGAGGAGCACGGGGUCAGCGAUAGCUUUGGUAGUUUGAAAAGUGGUAACAAAAGCAAGAAAAAAAUGAACUUUGGUAUUGAUGCAAAUAAGGGGACUCUUCAAAAUGUUCCUGCCGAUCCCAUUAAUUUGGGAACUCCAAAUGGUGAUCUUGAGAAUUUUGGAACCGAAAUAUCAGCUUUUCCAGAAGUAGAAAAGGUUAGGCAAUUCACGGGAAAGAGUCGAAAGAGUGGUAGAGCCAAUAAGAAAGCGCACUUUGGUAGUGAUGUAAAUAAGGCAAGUCCUGAAAAUGUUCUUGCCGAUCCAAUUAGUUUAGGAACUCCAAAUGGUGGACGUGAGAAUUUUGGAACCGAGGCAUCAACUUUUCCAGAAGUUGAGAAGGUUAGUCAAUCCCAGGGAAAGAGUCGCAAGAAUGGCAAAGCCAGCAAGAAAGUGCACUUUGGUAUUGAAGCAAAUAAGGCGGUUGUUGAAAAUGUUCCUGCCGAUCCCAUUAGUUUAGGAACUCCAAAUAAUGGUCUCGAGAAAUUUGGAACCGAGAUAUCAGCUUUUACAGAUGUGGAAAAGAUUAAUCAAUUCCCUGAAAAGAGUCCCAAGAAUGGUGGAGCCUGCAGAGCCCAGCGGGUGGUCGACUGCUGCAGGAAGUCUAAGAAACAAAAGCUGGAUUCAGUGGACGACAAACUGCUUGAGAAACCAUCUCUCAAUCAGAAUCAGCCCGUUGAUAGUGCUAUUCCUUGUUUACCCACUGCAGUUGCUACAUCUACUGGUAAUAAAAGGGCACAUGAGAAACAAGAGAAAAGUUCCACUGUUUGCUUAAAUAGUAGUGAUUAUGAUAACAUCAUUCAAGAGAAGCAGGUCGAUGCUCAGGCAAAUUGCGGUCAGCUCUCUGAAAAUCUCCAAUACAGUACCGAUGAAAAAAACCUGGAUUCUACUGCCAAAAGAGUUUGUUCGCAAAAGCAUGACAGAUUGGACAAUAAAUUUCAUUGUGCUUUCUGUCUCUCAUCAAAAGAGUCAGAGGUUUCUGGAAGAAUGGUCCACUACUUCAAUGGGAAGCCGAUUGAGACAGAUGAUACUAAAAACUCAAAGGUCAUACAUGCACACUGGAAUUGUGUUGAAUGGGCACCCAAUGUUUACUUUGAUGGCGACAUUGCGAUUAACCUUGAAGCUGAGCUCAGUAGAAGUCGGAGAAUUAAAUGUAAUUGCUGUGGAAAUAAGGGGGCUGCUCUUGGGUGUUAUGAGAAGAGUUGUCGGAAGAGCUUUCAUGUUUCUUGUGCAAAGUUGAUGCCUCAAUGUCAAUGGGACACUGAAAAUUUUGUGAUGUUAUGCCCUCUUCAUCCGGAUUCUAAACUGCCAAGCCAAGGUUCGGGACAUCAAGAAAGGAAAAGCAGCUGCACUCCAAAGCGACAGUCGAACACUAAAUGUAUAGCUGUUGCGCGUGAGAUCAGCAAUAAUGGAAGGUUUAUGUUUCGUGAAUCAUCUAAAAAGUUGGUUAUAUGCUGUUCAGCUCUCACCAUGGCAGAGAGGGAAGCUGUUGCGGAAUUUCAGAGAUUAUCUGGAGUUACAGUGUUACAAAAAUGGGAUGAUUGCGUUACACAUAUUAUUGCAUCAACAGAUGAAAACGGGGCAUGUAAAAGAACCCUCAAAAUUUUGAUGGGUAUUUUGAAGGGAAAAUGGGUAUUGGGUAUUGAAUGGAUUAAGGCUUGUGCACAAGCCAUGGAACAUAUAGAGGAAGAGCGCUUUGAGAUUACUCUCGACGUCCAUGGAAUCAGAGAUGGCCCUCAACUUGGAAGAUUGAGAGUCCUGAACAAUGAACCAAAACUUUUUUCUGGUUACAAGUUCUUCUUUACAGCGGAUUUCGUACCUUCAUACAAAGGAUAUCUCCAGCAACUUGUGACUGCAGCUGGAGGAACUAUUCUCCUUAGAAAACCAGUUUCAAGCAACCAAAACAUCCCUUGUUCUUCACCCAACUCCCAAGUUUUCAUCGUUUACAGUCUUGAGCUUCCUGAUCAAUCAAAUCCGAGCGAAAAGACCAACAUUAUCAGUUGCAGGCAUUCCGAUGCCGAGUUGCUUGCCAAGUCAGCUGCAGCCAAAGUUGCAACCAAUUUGUGGCUUUUGAACUCAAUUGCAGGCAGUAAAUUAGCAAGUCUUGUGGAGUAACAUAUCUAGCAUGUAAGUACACAUUUCCUGCUCAGUUCAUUUCACUUAUGUUUCAGCAACACUCUAGGACUAUACCAAAGAAAAUCACCUGGUAAUAAGCACUUCAGGGAAUACCUUAUGAUAUCAUAAACCUUGUGGCAAUAGUGUCAUACAGAUCUUGUAUCUAUUGUUUUAUAAAUGUAUUUAGUGUUCUUUGCUUCUCUAUUCCUUCUUAUUCUUGUAGAUUUAUAACUCAUAUUUGCUAUUUGAUGGUUUUUCCCGCUUGGUUUAGUUCUUAUUCUAUUUUAGGAUAAGAUUAUUGUUUAGCAAAUCUUAUA